AUGCUAUUGGAGGUUGAAAGCGCUUGUGGUGAUCCGUUUGGACCAAAAUCACCAAAACAAGAUGCCCUAAAGCUGAAAUGUUUGAAUUUUCGAGCCGUGAGCAGUCACAGACGCACUCAGAACACAGGUCGGAGACAGCCACGCAAAGAAGAGCGAAGUUUGGUAUCCAAACCACCUACAGAACAAGAAAACACGCAUGAACAAGGUCCAGUGAAAAGUUCGUACACGAACCAGGCGUAA